AUGUCUCCGCCGCUGGAAAGCCAGCAGACUAUACUCAUCACAGGCUCAAACGGCCGCAUCGGCCGACUCCUCUCGGCUCGACUCAUCAAGCCGGGACGGCACAUCCGGCUCCUCGACAUAGUGCAUGACCCCUCGAACAUCCCACAAGGGGCCGAGUUCGUCUCGGGCUCGGUCACUGACGCACAAGUAGUUGAACAGGCAGCUGCAGGCGUAGACGUCAUCGUGCAUCUGGCAGGGAUAGCAGCCGAGGCACAAUGGGAAUCCAUCCUCGACACCAACGUGCACGGCACGUGGUGCGUCCUCGAGGCAGCACGCAAGCUAGGCGUGCCUAGGGUCAUCUUGGCCUCGAGCAACCACGCCGCCGGGAUGCUGCGGCAAUCAGAUCUCGGCGCACACACCCAGAAUCCGCUGCGGGUCUGCGAUGCCCACCCGGCCCCGGAUAGCUACUACGGCUUCAGCAAGACGGCCAUGGAGUCUCUCGGCAGGCUGUUCGUUGCCAAAACGCCCGGGCUCUGUGUGGUGGCCGUGCGGAUUGGCUCAUGCUGGGCGGAACCGCGCAAUGAGCGUGCGCUGUCGAUAUGGCUCUCGCCAGAUGACUUUGCCAGGCUCGUAGAGGCAGUGCUCCAGCCUGCUGUCACAGGCUACCAUUGCGUCUGGGGUGUGAGUCGCAACACGCGCCGGUGGUGGUCGCUGGAAGAGGGAGAGGCUAUCGGGUUCCGUCCCGUCGACGACGCGGAAGUGUUCGCACACAGAGUCGGUAGCCCCAGGGAUGAGAGCACUGCGGCAUUGGUGGCUGAUGAGCUGGACUAUGUAGGAGGAGUCUUUCCGUCGUGGGAACUUGGCAUACAUGGCUGA